AUGUUCAAGUUGGUGGUGUUGUCUGUAGUGCUCGCUGUUGCUGCUUCAGCCCCUGCUCCUGGAUACUUACACGGUGGAUACGCUCUUCCUGCCGCCACCAGCUACUCCUCCAGGAUCGAUGUACACAGCAAACCGCUGAUUACGACCUAUGCUGAACCUGUAGUGGCCAAAACCAUCGUCGCAAGUCCUAUUUCUUACGCCUAUCCUGCUGUGAGCCAUGGGUACGGCAUCCACGCUCCUAUCGUGAGCGGAUAUGGCUUGGGAUACGAUCAUGGGUAUGGCAUUGGGCAUGGCUAUGGAUAUGGUCAUGGAUGGUGA